UAAGACUAGUCCGGAUACAUGUGGUUGGUCCUGACAGGGAGGUUGGUGUCAUAGGCAUCAGGGCAUACUUCAUGCUGUGCAAGAGCAGAUACAGGGCUAUGCACCUUUGCAUCAUCGUUGGUGCACUCGGCUCCUUGCGGAGAACCUACUUCAGAAGGAUGGUGUGGAGGAUAAUUUUGAUCUGUUUCAAGUUGCUGCUCGUCAGCUUGAGGAUUAUUACUUUCAGCGCAAAUUGGAGCAGGUCAGGACCGCAACAAAUGUAGAAGGUAGACAAUGGCUCGCUGGUUUGAUGAGAGAUUUGGAUAAUUGGACUAGAUCUCACGACGUCGGUGGUUGGAGGUACGAGUUUCAGUGCAGUAACAUGGCCGAGUCAUUCAAUAAGUUGUUAUUGGGGAUACGUGGUAUGCCUGUGAACGCAAUCGUUGAAUUCAACUUCUACAGGCUUGUUGCGUGGUUCAAUGAAAGACACGCAAAAGCAGAAGCGUUGCAGAUUGCUGGGGAGAGAUGGGCUGAAAAACCAAAGAGACAUCUCAGCAUUGCAAAUGAAAGGGCUUCCACACAUGAGGUGCAAUGUUUUGAUCUCGGCACAGGGACUUAUCAGGUCAAGCAUAGGGGUGGGACAACGUCCGACGGCGAGAUUCGAGAGUUGAGGAUACAUGUGGUAGUCCUCCGAGAUUUCAAGUGCACUUGUGGUAGGCCAAAGCAGUACCACUUCGUAUGUUCUCAUUUGGUGGCAGGAGCUAGGCAUCGCAAUUUUGAUAUCGAGAGCAUGAUACCUCAUGAGUUCAGCGUAGACACCCUUGUGCGGACAUGGAGCCCCCGCUUCGUGCCUUUCCGGGAUCCUAGAGAGUGGCCUCCAUAUGAUGGGUCAAAAUAUGUUGCGGAUCCAGCUUACCGUUGGAACAAACGUGGAACAAGGAAGCGGACGAGACAUAACAUGACUAUGGAUCAGGUAUCCGGAAGAACGAGGCGUGGUAGAGCAACACCAUUUCUUGCUGAUCCAGAACAAAACGAGUGCGGCAAGUGUGGUAGAUUGGGCCAUAAUUCACGCACUUGCCGUUGGCAGAUUAGUGAGGAUGGCGCACUUCCACCUACUAGACCAGGCGUACGACCAGACCCACCGAGGUCGUCUCAUAGUGGCAGGGCAGGUCCUUCCGCUCCUUCAUUCUAGAGCCCAUGAUGGGUUUUUGGCGCUGUUGUACGACGACCGCUACACUCCUUUGCUACAGAUGGCGGGCCUAGAUGUCAUCUCGUAUCAGGUUCGUCGUGGGAUGCCCAAGUUCAACUCAGCAGCUAUAACUGCGUUGGUUGACAGGUGGCGACCCGAGACUCACAGCUUUCACCUGUCGUUCGGAGAGAUGACAGUGACCCUACAGAACUGUCAGAAGAUGCUAGGUCUGUCGAUUCGAGGCGAUGCAGUGACUGGACCGUGCGUCUCAGAGGGUUGGAGAGCACGAGUGGCAGCCUUCCUUGGGCGAGAGGUUGAGGAGCAGGGGACUCGCACAUCUGGAGUGCUAAUCUCCUAGCUGCGGGAACACUUCGGCCAGUGCCCCCAGGACGCGGAUGCGGAGAUAGUUGGGCAGUACUGCAGGGCGUGGAUACUGCACUUGUUUGCCUACGUUCUUUUCCCAGACGCUACAUGUGACACUGCGUCUUGGAUGUGGAUCCACUGCCUCACUGACUGCAGGCGGGUCUUUAUAGUUGGGGAUCAGCUGUGAUGUGCUUUCUAUACCGGCAGCUGUGCGAGGCGUGCCGUCGGACUUCGGGCUCCGCGUCAGUUGGUGGAUGUGUCUACCUAUUGCAGUUAUGGAUGUGGGCCCGUCUUCCUGUUGGUCAUCCCGAGAUUAUGCCGCGUCGACCGUGGUUCCCAGGUGAGAUACCGAGACGGCAGCCAACAUGGGCAUAUCUUUGGGGUCAGGUUAAGGUUAGCCAUACGAGGUUGGACCGCGUGUACCUGGAUUACAUCAACGAGAUAGACGCGCUCACGGCUCAUAGUUUAAAUUGGCAGCCUUACGAAGGAGAGGACACACUUCUUUUUACCCUUAGCUUCAUGUGUGCGUUGGACGAUGAUCUUUACAGGAUGUUGUGCCCUCUCAUAUGCUUCUAUGCUGUCCAGUACCACCUGCCAGAUCGAGUAGCACGUCAAUUUGGGAUGAGGCAGAUUUGGCCAACACCGACGACCUCGACUAGUGUGGAGUUACACACCGUGGAUCGUAAGAAGAAACGGAAGGUCUCUGAGUGGGCCGCGUUCCACCAGGUGUACAUUCAGGAAUGGGACCAGUUCGAGGACAACGUGGAUGAGAACGACGAGCCGCACACAAACAGUGAGUACAGGCAAUACCAGACUUGGUACCAAGGUGCGACGCGUCACAGGCUGAGGGCAGCGUGGACGGAAGAUGACUACGCCGACAUCCACUCAUCCGACGAUGAAGACACGGUGUACGAUCAGAGUACUCGUGCUGGAAGGCAGGUGGAGGCAGGACCAAUCCUGGAUAGGAUGGGUCGUACCCUCCAAAGCUCGGUUAGAGAUUUAGAGCAUUUCCGUCCUAGAGUUACGGACCCCGAGACACGGAGCUUCCUAGAGGACUGCCACGACGCGAGAUGUGCACGUUCCAUCCCUACGCGAAGGAGGCGUCGAUAUGUCUAGCUAAGGCCCCUCAGGUUCGAAAGCAAUUGCAUCCGAGGAUGAGGACGACGAUGACGAUGACGAUGAGCAGAGGGCCGAGGAGCUUGGCUCGUCUCAGCUCCAGGAGGCUCCCUUGACUCAGCCUACACAGGUUGUAGGCACUAGACUACGUCGCCUACGUUCUCCUUACACUCCAGGCACUGACGCCCUUGGUCACAAGGGUAAGGGUAAGACUAGGAGGCAGUGACGGUUCUUAUUGCGAACUUUGUAUUAUAUGGACUAUUUGUAUAUAUGGACUUUCAUUCUGAACUAUUGUGGAUUCUAUUAUGAAUGUGUCAUAUGCUUGUGUCA